GAGGAGAACCUGCCCACCAACUUUACACAAGUUGGACUCUUCCACGAGCCGAGAGCUGCACCAGCUCCAAACUCGGACACAAACUCUCACGUGCCGCUCAAAGUUUUUUUUUUCGUCCUUGGAGAUCAUUAUUAUCAUCACUGCGUGUGCGAGAAGUCACGCUCGCGAUGUCUGGAUCGUACUGCAAAAGUUUGUACCCGUUCAGCGGGGAGCAGCACCAGCAGGGACUGAGCUUCGAGGCCGGGGACAUUAUUAAGGUGGUGCAGGCUCUGCCCGGAGGCUGGUGGGAAGGAGAGAGGGAUGGAGCCAGAGGGUGGUUCCCCUCCAGCUACGUCCAGGUCCUGGAGAGGACAGCAUCUCUGAGUCAGCUCCCUGUUGAGGACCUCAGAGACCCCCUGCCCCCUCACUGGAGAUGCUACAUGUCUCCACAAGGGCGACGAUACUACGUCAACACCACAAACAAUGAGACGACAUGGGAGAGACCAUCCAGUGCACCUGGGACCCCCAAGACUGCCCUCCGACACAAGAACUCCCUGCCAACAGUGAAUGGAUUUCACUCAGGUGGUAGCCCCUUGCAUCAUGUGGAGUAUUCACACAACAGUCUGGUUCGGAAGAGCAGUACAGAGCAACAGAGCCCGGGAUCAACGUCGCCCACCAGGAAACAGAACAAGGAGACCACGGUCACGAUUAACUGUGUGACGUUCCCGACGCCUGCAUGCAUGCUGGAGCAACAGCUGCUGAAACCAACCGAAUGGAGCUACUGUGACUACUUUUGGACUGAUAAGAAGGAUCCCCAGGGUAACGGCUGCAUCACAGGAUUUGAGGUUCUGCUGCAGAAACAGCUGAAGGGGAAGCAAAUGCAGAAAGAGAUGGCAGAGUUCAUACGAGAAAGGAUAAAGAUAGAAGAGGAGUACGCCAAGAACCUCUCCAAGCUCUCCCAGAUCCCUCUAGCAAGCCAGGAAGAAGGGACUCUGGGGGAAGCUUGGGCCCAGUUAAAGAAGAGCUUGGCAGAUGAAGCUGAGGUUCACCUAAAGUUCUCCUCAAAGCUCCAGAGUGAAGUGGAGAAGCCCUUCCUGACCUUCAGGGAGAACUUUAAGAAGGACAUGAAGAGGUUUGAUCAUCACAUCGCUGACCUGCGGAAGCAGCUGGUUGGUCGCUACGCAUCAGUGGAGAAGGCCCGUAAAGCUCUGGCAGACAGACAGAAAGAGCUAGAGCUGAAGACUCAGCAGCUGGAGAUCAAACUCAGCAACAAGAUUGAAGAAGACAUCAAGAAGGCCCGCAGGAAAUCCACUCAAGCAGGAGACGAACUGAUGCGCUGUGUCGACCUGUAUAACCAGUCUCAGUCCAAAUGGUUUGAGGAGAUGGUCACCACAAGUCUGGAGCUGGAGCGUCUGGAGGUGGAGCGGGUGGAGAUGAUCAGGCAGCAUCUGUGUCAGUACACCACCCUUCGGCAUGAGACAGACAUGUUCAACCAAAGCACGAUGGAGCCGGUGGACCAGCUGCUGCAGUGUGUGGACCCGGCCAAAGACCGAGAGCUGUGGGUGCAGGAGAAUAAGACUGGAGAGAUCAGGCCAGUGGACAUAGAGAUCUGACCUUAGUGUUGUUAGACUGCUCUGCACAUGAACACUUUUCCCCUCUGGCUAAGAGGCUGUAACGCCUGAGGACUGACUGGGAGAUGAAAACUGUGCUGGGGUCUCCCCCCCUGCCCCCCCUACUGAUCCACUGACUCCUAACAGACUGAGGGAUGAUCAAUCAGCACUCACUGACUCCAUCAGCAACCUGCUGAGGAUGAUGUCAGUAUUUGGGGAGUAUUGCUAAGUGAUGAAUGAAGAUGUCAGAUAGUGACAGGUCGUGGUUUUCUGUUAUGCAAGCUGAUGCUCAGCUGAGACGGCGCAGGGAUACGGAAACUUUGAGUGUGAAUUGUGCGGCAGAUGAAGAAGCAAACAGUGAACAUUUAACACCUGUAAAUGUUGAAUAGCUUUAUGUCACGCAGCAGUGUAACGCUGCAGUUUGUAUGUGCUUUUGCUCUGUGAUGUCAUUCUCUGAAGCCACAGGUGUGUUGACACACGUAACUUAAGUACUGCAAGUUGUUGGCAAAAAAUAUUUAACAGAUGCUGCUAAGCAAACUGCAUUCUGACCUAAGAGUGAUAUUACUGUGGACCAGAAUAAGACUAAAGUAUUUUAAUACUAAUUUCCACUGUGUGCAGGUAUUGACUGUUUGCUAAGCCCCGCCUCCCACUUUUUUACAGUUGCUAUGCCUGUCAAAUGUACAGUUCCCACAUGGCACAUAUAAAGUUUGCAAAAAGUAAACAAUUAUAUUUUUGAAUCAAUAGGUCAUUGGUUUGAUACAGGAGUAAACAAACGUAGCUUAUUUCUGGAUUUUGUUGGCUAAAGUUACAGCUGUCGCUAGCAGACUUUUUUGGCGCUAAAUUACUGCUAAUGCUAAAACUCUCUCCAUCUGCUUUUUAAAAGUUUCCAAUUUGUUUAAAUUUUCUUUUAAUUCUGUUAAGGGAUUAAAUGUUAAAAGGUCACACACAUGGUUUCACAAAGAAGUAAAUAAAUAUAUCUUAUUAUUUCUAGAUUUUGUUAGCUUAAGUGACAGCUGUUGCUAGCAGACUAUUUUUGGUAGUAAUUAGCCUGUGUAAGCUAAUGCUACAACUGUCCAACAGCCUUUCUAAAGUUUCCAAUUUGUUAAAAAACUAAAAUCUGUUAAGGGGUUUUAAAAUGGCCAUACACAUGGUUUCACACAGAAGUAAACGGAUGUAGGUUGUUAUUUUUGGAUUUUUUAGCUUUAGUUACAACUGUACAGCAGACUUUUUUGGUGGUAAUCUGCUUUUGUAGGCUAAUGCUAAUGCUAAAACUCUCUCCAGCUGCCUUUUAAAAGUUUCCAAUUUGUUUAAAACAUAGAAAUCUGUUAAGGGUUCUUAAAAUGGCUACAUACAUGGUUUCACACAGAGGUAAACAAAUGUAGCUCAUCAUUUCUGGCUUUUGUUGGCUAAAGUUAUAGCUGUUGCUAGCAGAAUUUUUUGGUGAUAAUUUGCUUGUGUAAGCUAAUGCUAAAACUCUGUCCAGGUGCCUUGUAGAAGUUUCCAAUCUGAUUAAAAAACUAGAAAUCUGUUCAGGGGUCUUAAAUAGCCACAUACAUGACGUUAAAAGACUUUGACUUAGCUAACAGGUUUAAGAUGAAGUCUUGACCUUCAGCUAGCUUGCCCUAGCACUAUAAUCAAAAAUGUAAUUAGAAUGGGAUUUGUUCUAAUAUAGGUUUGGUAUGCUAUUGAUAGAUUUUUUUCAGUAUGCUUUACUUUCAUGAGAGAAAGAUAGGUGAAUCAGAAAUAACCUCAGAGUUUGGCCAAAUAACAUAUUUAGCUGGAUAUUUUGGAGUGUUAACUUUCUCAAAACACAUAAA